AUGUCCAACAAGUACACCAUCAUCAUCAACAACCGAACCGGUUCUCCCCAAAACUACAAUCUCUUCAGUGAGAAGCCCGAUAUCGUGGGCGUAGUCAAGUCCUCCAUCUGGAGCAACAUCUACCAAGUCGCCGAGGCCACUCCCGACGGAGCCAUUGCUCAGUUCGAGAUGUGGAAGCGGUACUACGCCAUCGUCGGCACCUGGAGGGGUGGCGAGAAGGCCGGUGCUAAGGUGUCCAUCACGCAGACUCGCGGUGUUACACUUGGCACCAAGGCCGGUGAUGACAGUGAUGUCCCGGGAACUACUCUCAACAUGUCUGUUGUUAACGGCGUGACUCCUUCUUUUGAGAAGGCUCCGGCUGAGUCGUCGGCUUGGAACAAUGCCUAUGAGGUUGACACUGGCAACGACUUUACCCUUGACGUUGCUACUGAGCGGAACUUCUUCAUCGGACUCGCCAGCUCUCCUGACGGCGCCUCCAGCGUCCCCACUGCCACCUUCAAGCCUGAGCCCGGCAACCAGUACCAGAUCCAGCCCGUCAACACCUACUACGUCACCUACGGCAGUGUCUUCCAGGUUGGAGAGCUCCUGGAUGUUGCCAAGCUUCCCAAGAAGCCCCUGGCUGUCGACUUUACUGUCCGUGGCCCCGCUGUUGUCAUUAACCACAACCCCGAUGGCAAGCUUGUGAUUGCCAAGUAA